AUGGUUGUCAUCAAUCUUUCUCGCGGCUGGCCCAACCCCGCCUUGCUGCCCGCCGCCGCCUUGGCCUCGGCCUCCGCCACGGUCCUCGCCUCCCCAAGCAUCUGGCAACCAGCCUUGCAAUACGGCCCUGAUGAAGGCUUUCAGCCGUUGCGUGAGCACGUUGCUCACUGGCUCACAGAGUUCUACCAGCCACGCAGUCCCAUCUCCCCGGAUCGCAUCUGUAUCACCGGCGGCGCUAGCCAGAACCUUGCCUGUAUUCUUCAAGUCUUUUCCGAUCCGGUCUACACACGCAACGUCUGGGUGGUCGCCCCUACAUAUCACCUUGCAGGUCGCAUCUUCGAUGAUGCUGGCUUCGCCGGCCGCCUGAGGGCGGUGCCUCUGGAUGCGGCGGGUCUGGAUCUGGCCUAUCUACGAGAGGAGUUGAUUGCAGCUGAAUUCAAGGCCUCCCGUGAGCUGAACCUGACACCGGAAUACAAACCAAAGCGACCAUGGAGAAAGAUCUACAAGCAUGUCAUCUACGCCACGCCUACCUUCUCAAAUCCCUCCACUCUCACUAUGUCGCUGUCGGACCGCGAACAAUUGGUCCGUUUGGCGCGUGAGUUCGACGCCUUGAUUAUUACCGACGAUGUUUACGACUUCCUCCAAUGGCCCGCAGAACCGGCUGCACAGGAGACACAGCCGGAACACGCACAAUUGCCCCGGAUUGUGGACAUAGACGGAUACUUGGAAGGCGGACCAUCUGAUGAGUGGGGCAAUGUAAUCAGUAACGGGAGCUUUAGUAAGCUGAUUGGAGCUGGCAUGCGGACCGGAUGGGCGGAGGGAAUGGAGAAAACGGUUUACGGUUUAUCUCAGACGGGAUCGAGCCGAUCGGGGGGAGCGCCCUCCCAAUUUUCCGCCUCCAUGGUCGCGCAACUGUUUCCCACGCGGGUCCUCCAAAAACAUAUCAAGGACGUGCUGCAGCCGGCAUAUGCAGCUCGAUACAAACGAAUGAUGUCUGCUAUCAAUGAACACCUAAUACCUCUGGGCGUCACACCGACGGCUCCUAGAGGGACCGCAGGGGGAUACUUCAUCUGGCUUCAACUGCCUACUCCCCUUCGAGCAACCGAACUGGCUUCGCUCGCACUUCGGGAGCACGACGUCGAAGUGGCGGCAGGGAACAUGUUUCGCGUGCAGGGCGAUCCUGCGACGGAGAAAAAUGAUUUCGAUAAUGGGAUGCGUCUCUGUAUUGCGUGGGAGGAUGAGGAUCAGCUCGAAGAAGGUGUGCGCCGACUCGGGUGCGCCAUCCUCCAGGUCUUGCAGAAACGAUGA